AUGCCCUGGCUGCCGUCGGCUCCGGCGCCUGGGCACGCUCACACCAUUGGGGGGCAGAAGGCGGUGGAUGAAAUGGUGGACGGGUUUGGGGUCAGGAGGCUGCAGGGGCUCCUCGGCUCUGCGGUCGGGCAGGCGGCCGAGAUGGAUUGGAUGUACGCAGGGAUGCUCAGAAAGCUGGAGAAGCUCGCCAGGGGAGGUUGGAGAAGAGCAAUCUCCGUGUGCUCGAGCAGGUCUGGUUCUCCAAUCCUGUGA